AUUUGGAACACCUCACGACUACUUCAACUGGACGUAUUCUCUCCACGUUUCUGCACUCUCCAGGUGUCCUUCAUGAGCUAUAAUCCGCAGAGGAAGAGAGGAGGUGGUCCACCUUCUGGACUCUCCGGGAAGGCGAUCGGGAUGUACUACAAGAACAAGGGCCAGGAAAAGAAGCAAGAGAGGGAGAAGAAUGAGCGUGCUGUUGUCACUAUCAGUGGGGAGGCGCAGCAGAACAUCUCCCGUAUUCUAAACGACGUCAGACUAGAGUCACUGACAGACGGUCACCACGUGGAGCAGCAGCAGCAGGGCCACAGCAGUUCGUGGUUCUCGGACCCGGCUCCCGGCUCUGCCACUCCUGGCCCCAGCUCCUCAUGGGGGUCUGAGGGUGCAUGUGGCGUGGGUCAGCCUACGGGGCAGGCGGCUUCUGGCUCACACCCACAUCUGCCCAUGGGGGGCCUUCAAAGGCUUCAUCAGUGGGGUGGUGGAGGUGGAGAGACUGGCAGACUGGACUCUGAGAAACUGGAGAGACUGAGUCGGGAUAUGAAGGCUGAGCUGCACAGGAGGAGGCAGACCAACACCAAGUACCAGAAAAUGAUGGAGUUUCGUCAGAAGCUCCCGUCGUGGGAAAAGCAGGAGGAGAUUCUGGAGCUAAUCAGAGAGAACCAGGUGGUGGUACUGAGUGGAGAGACUGGCUGUGGCAAGACCACUCAGGUGCCUCAGUUCAUACUAGAGGAUGCAGUGGAGAGAGGGUUUGGGGCUCAGAUCCAGAUCAUUUGCACUCAGCCACGGAGAAUAUCUGCCAUCUCAGUGGCCAAGAGAGUGGCAGAGGAGAGGGGAGAGAGGCUGGGUGGGAGUGUGGGGUUCCAGAUACGACUGGAGAACCAGCUGCCCGAUCAGAGAGGCUCCAUCCUCUACUGCACCACCGGGAUCCUCCUCAGGAGAAUGAUCAAUGACUCGCUGCUAAGGGAAGUGAGUCAUGUGGUGUUGGAUGAGGUCCACGAGAGAAGUGUCCAGUCAGACUUUCUCAUCAUUGUCCUCAGAGACAUCCUUCCUCACAGGCCAGAUCUGAAGGUGAUCCUCAUGAGUGCCACUCUCAAUGCAGAGCUAUUCUCACAGUACUUUGGUGGAGUACCCAUGUACAAUAUUCCCAGCGUGGUGUUCCCAGUGGCCCGGUACUUCUUGGAGGACGUGCUCCAAAUGACCAGAUUUUGUCCUCCUCCCCCUACUCGGCGAGGACCUCCGAGCUGGGUGCGGCACCUGCGAGGCCAGGCCGAGGCCAUGGAGAAGAAACGAACGGAGGAACAAGAGCGGGCAGAGUACAUCGCCUCUCUGGAGGCCAAGAGAACCUACCCACCCUACGUGGUGGAGGCUCUCAGGAACAUGGAUGGUGACCAGGUCCCUCUGGAACUGAUGCUGGAGCUGGUGAAGACCAUCUGCAGGGAGGGGGAGCUGGGGGCCAUCCUGGUGUUCCUGCCCGGCUGGGACACCAUCUCCAAACUCCACGACAUGCUCAAGUCCGACCCAGUGUUCCGGUCACGCAACUACCUCAUCAUCCCGCUCCACUCGCUAAUGCCCACCUCGUUCCAGCAGUCUGUAUUGCCAGACACACCAGCCGGAGAGUACGAGUGGUGCCCACCACACCUUGCAGAGACCAGUCUAACCAUAGACGCGUGGCUGGGUCUAUGUCAUCGACUGCGUGGGGAAGGAAGGAGAAAGCGUAUGAUGUGUGACUAACCAGCUGGCGAUGUGUGGAAGCAGGCGGGUGAGUAAGGCUGCCGCAAAACAGAGGAAAGGCGGUGGAAGAGUCCAACCGGCAAGUGCUACCACAGUUCACCAAAGCACAGCAGGAGGGACUGGCAGACUACCAGGUCCGGAGAUGCUGAGGACACCUCUAGAGGAGCUCAUUCUUCAGAUCAGAUCAGGAAACUGGGGGCCGUAGCUGCCUGCCUCAACAGGCCUCGCGCCUCCCUCCGAGACUGCUGUCUUCCUUAAUGCCAUCACAUCCCUCCAGCAAAGAACAGUCUGUGUAAAAACUAUCACAAUACUCUAGCAUUGCAGAAGAAGUUUGCCUGUAUUUUAUCUGGUGUGGACUAUUCCGAGUGUUUGCUUCACAAACUACUUAUGAAUUAAACCCCACGCUAAUAUAGUGUGAUGCAUGAUACACAUUAUACAUAUAUUCUGACCCCGCUACAGAAUGCUCUUGAUGGUGAGGAGAAUCUGACCUCUCUCGGUUACCAUCUCGCCAAUCUGCCCGUGAACCUCGUGUGGGGAAGAUCAUUCUGUUUGCUGCCAUGUUCUCUUGCCUCAGUCCCGUCCCUCCGAUUGCAGUAGCCUCGGCUUCAAGAACUUUAUCAUCCUCUGCACAAGCAAGAGGAGGCGGAUGACGUGAAGAGAAGUAGCAGAAGAGUCUCGCAGCGACCACAUUGCUCUGCUCAGAGCAUUAUGAAGGGAUGGGAAGACGCUUGUCAUGAGAGAAAUGCUAGAGACUAAUGUUGGGAGCGAUUUCCUCUCACACAACACUCUGAGCGUGCUGAAGAACAUGAAGAAGCACAGUUCUGUGGCACUGUUGUAUGACACUGGGUUUGCCAUUGCCGGAUCCGACCACGAUGAGGCCAACCACAACUCUGCCAACACCAAAACUGAUCAGGCGUUCUGUGUGCCGGUCUCUACCCAAUGUGGCCAAGAUCGUCAGCACGUCCCGACAG